AUUAAUUUUCUAUGUCCACCGCCCUAGCACUAUCCAAGCGGGCCCCGAAACUAUCGGAAGCGGAUCGAAUAAAGGGUAUUGCUGACCUCGGGAAGACGCUUGAGCCAGUUGGAGUGACGGACACUGUGACCAUUGCAGUUUCUGCCUCGCUCUACGGCGUGACUGGGCUGCUGGUACUCUACGCCCUCAUUCACCGAAACUACAGACCAAUCCGCGCCAAAAAUAUGCCUCUGACCACUGUGAUGUAUAUUGCGUGUAUUGUGUGGUUUCUAGGCGAUAUUGCAACCAACGGUCUCGUCUACAACGUCGGUGUAUGGAGCAAGUGCAAACUGUGGGUCAUCUGGUUCCGUGACCUGGGCGGCUAUCUGUACUCGUCCAUUGUACUGCUGCGUGCCCACGCGCUCAACCGCAUCUUCAUCCAGCGCAAGAGCUUUACUGGCUGGGCAUACUAUAUGCCAAUCGUCAUCCUUGCCGCUGCACUACUGAUCUUUUGUCUAACGGUCCAGCUAAUUAGUGAUGAGCUCACUGUCUCGUACCUCCCGAAACUGGAGAUUUGCCACUAUGUGGAAGGGUUCAAGUGGGGGAGCUUGGCGCUGCUCUGGCUGGUGUGGUUUGCAUCGCUCUUUUACUACAUCAAGAUUCGCCAUAUCCAGACUGCGUUUAACGAAUUUAGAGAAGCAUUGGUCGUCUUCUUUAUUGCCUUUACUACCUUGCUGGAGACCUCGUUGGUUCACGGAAUAUUCCCAACAUAUCCACUAAACAGAACCCUUCGUACUAUUACAACCUAUGUUGAUGUUGUAUGCGGCAACAUUAGUGUUUGGGUCUUUUUGGUCUAUCCAGUUUUCAAGCGUAUUUUCUACCGCGAGAAAUACGAGCAUGAAUGGCUUGCCAAGCUUGCCCGCGAUGGUCUCCAGCGCGAAUACCAGAUCGAAAUGAAUCGCAGCGCCAACACGUCGGAUUUCGCAAAGAUGGGGAGUGGCCACCAGCUCACAAGUCUUAGCAGUAACGACCGAACCUAUGCCACCGACUAUCACAUCACGCUUGACUCGAAUUCAGAGAUUGCUAAUUUUUCUAGCUAUCGAUAGCUCGCAUGGCUACGCCCUGUCAUGGAAGGUUCCCAGAUGCCAAGCCUAUUACUAAAAUUAUUUCCUUGUGCCAAGACUACCUGCAAAGCGUUUUGGACUUUAAUAAUGAAUGUUCAUAGAAAAGCAGCGAACUCCUUUGUUGAUUUAGAC